AUGGAGCAGCGCUGGGACACAACAACAGGGGAGAUUGAGAACGGGACUUAUUUUGGGCUCAUUGCAGCUCUGACCUUCAAAGGACCUUUUGAGAUCACAGGGAGGAAGCUCGGAUUCACAUUCGACACGCUGCGGCUACGUCUGGGGCCAAAGUGGCUGAACUUCCCUUUGUCUCCUGGGCAGCUGGGAACAAAGAAGGGAGAGGAAGACAAGAAGGGCCCGUUUUUCCUUUUCAUCUAUGGCGAUGAAGACAUCCUGGUUGCACGCGGGCGUGGGGGAGGUGUGGCAUUCUGGACUGCUGCCAGCCCAAGCUGGGAGGUCCAGAGUGGUGUCACUCUGUGA